CCGAGAGCGGUCAGCUGAGCAACGCGGAAGUGUUUGACAACAACAUCGCAAAGGAAACGUUAUUCUGAGAAAUAAGUUUCAAUCGAGGGGGAUUUGGGAGAUUUUUCAGAACAUGGUUCGGUGUUUCCUGAUCCACACCGUGUGCCCGAUCAGUGCUCUCUCUGCCGGGGAGUGUCGGGUCCUCUACUCCCGGGUGUUCGGUCCAGAUGAGGCGGUUCUGUCCGAGGAGCUCCAGGAGCUGAACCCGGAGGAGAGGAGGCUGCUGCAGAAGGAGAAGGUGGCUGUAGUGGCGAGGCAGGUCCACAGCGCCGUCACGUUGUCCCGGGAGGCUUCGGGUCGUCAGCUGGUGGAGAUGGUUCCCGGUGAGGAGGUUCUGGCCCUGCAGGACGCCGACAGCGGGGUGGCGAGGCUGAGGGCCGGAGACCCCUUCAACGAGGAGAUGAGCGUCCUGUGGCUCGGCGUCCAGAGUCUGGGCUUCACGCUGGUCUGUGAGCCUCACGAGAACCUGCUGCUGGCCGAGGGAACCCUGAGGAACCUGACCCGACACUGCCUGGAGCAUCUGCACAUGCUGGGGCCGGGCAGCGAGGUCCUCCUGAAGAGCAGCCGGAUCGACGUCCUGCUCAGCCGCCUGCUUCCUCACGGCCAGCUCCUCUUCCUCAACCACCGCUUCGCCCAGAGUCUGGAGAAGGAGGUAGCGGCUUACAUGGCCAAAUGAACCCGCUUGUCAUUUUCGUUGGGGUGGACUCUACCCGCCUGCGGUCUCGCUUCCAGUUUCAGCUCAAUUACCAGCUAGCCCUAAGUGCCGGCUUUCAAACCAGAACAAACGCCGGCCGCUGUUUACCUCCGGUGACGUUUUUCUGCGGCGGACUACCGGGCUGCUGCUGCAUAGGGAGGUAAAUAUCUCCCUCAGCCACUCGCAGCAGCUCACUGUUAGCUGUUUACUGUGUGGGAGGCUUCACUUCAAAUCCUGUUUGUCAAAUUGAAGAGUGGGAAGGAAAAUGUGUCGGAUUAAAGAGUGCAGCUGAGGAGGCCAGUUAAGACCCACUUGUCAGCAUCAAAGUCGGCUCUUUAUCUGAUUCACCGUGCUGCAAAUGUCACCGUGUGACCUCGGGGAACCGGACUUGACCUGCUGUUUUUGUGUUUUUUAAGAAUUCUGGGAGUAUAAAUGAAUCUCAAAGUGCCUUAUUGUGACUUCUAAAGGACCUUCUGAAGAGGAGGAGGGAAGCAGAAUGGGAUUUCUUCUUUUUUUUUUGCGGUGUAAAGUAUGAAUCAUCUCAUCGUAGUAAACAGCAAAAAGAGAACAAUCAAAGUCAGACCUGUUUAACAACCAAAUCUAAGCUUAGAAUUGUGAUAUUUGAUCAAAAAUGACUUUAUUCUGCAUAUCUGCUUUAAAAAUUGUCCCAAAGGAAACCAGAUUAAGUUAAAAACGGAACGGAACAAAACAGAAUAAUCAAAGAUCAGAUCUGUUUACCAAACAAAUCUAAGCUCAAAAUUGGUAUAUUUAACCAAAAAUUACUUUAUUCUACAUAUCUACUUUAAAAAAUUGCCAUAAGUGAACCAGAUUAAGUAGAAAACUAAACAUUUUACAGCUGAGAAUCUCAGUGACUCGGCUGCAACCAGACAAAAACUGAGAUCCGUUUCGGCUGAACUGCAGGCUGUGUAGGUUGAUUUAAGUUUGGAAGCAAAUUAGACAGACUGGAGAGCAAAAUCAGACAAGCAGCAUGGCUUUAAAAUGUAAUACAGAGCAGGAAGAUGUAGGAAGAUGCAUUCAUCUUUGUGGAGUUUAUACAUAGAGUUGUGUGGAAAAUGCAGAGUUUUUAAAGAAGCUGGAAAAAUGUGAAUAUUCAAAUAUCUGCAGUCUGUGGAGACGCUGUUGUAUUUUCCAGUGUUGGUAACAGCUGUGAGCACUUGGGAAACAUAUAUUCUGACUUCUAAAAGACCUUUCUGAAGAGGAGGAGGGAAGCAGAAUGGGAUUUUGUUUUCUUUUUCUUCACAGUACAAAGUAUGAAUCGUCUCAUAGCAGCGAACAGCAGAAACGGAACAACCAGAGUCAGACCCGUUUAACAACCAAAGCUAAGCUCAAAGUUGUCAUAUUUAGUCAAAAUGACUUUAUUCUGUAUACCUGCUCUAAAAAUGUGCCAAAAGUAAAUCAGAUUAAGUUAAAAACGAAGCAUUUUACGACUGAGAAGCUCAGUGGCUCCAUUACAGCCAGACAGACAUUGAGAGAUGUUUCAGCUGAACUGCAGAAUGAUUUAAGAAUGGAAACUAAUUAGACGGAUUGGAGAGCAAAAUAGGAUAAACUUGAUCAAUAAAAAUAGAUGUAGCAUGGCUAGCAAGUUGUAGGAAGAUGCCUCCAGCAUGGUGAAACAUCUUUCUGGAGUUCAUUAUGAAAAAUUCAGAGUUUGUAGAGACUAAAGAAGUGUAGAUAUUUAAAUGUCUGUAGCAUGUGGAGCCACUGUUGUAUUUUCCAGUGUUGGUAACAGCUGUGGGCACUUGGAAAAUACAUUAUGACUUCUAAAAGACCUUGCAUUUUCCUUUUUCAGUACGAAGUAUGAAUCAUGUCGUAGCAGCAAACAGAAACGGAGCGAUCAAAGAUCAAAGUCAGACCUGUUUAAUGUCACUAAAAUGUCGCGGUUCCUGAGACGUCGAGGACAAUGGGAAAGGCCGAAAAUGACGAGACCUAUUCUAAAGCCGUGCGGGAUGAACGCAGAAUGCAGAGCGAAUCAGGAAACGACGACAAGAACGAGCACAACAGAAACAUCCUGACACAACAGAUAAAAUAUGUAUACCUGUUAUCUUGUGAACAUCUGUUGUGCUUCAGACUCCCGCUCCUCCUCCUGGCCUCAUAAAAGCUCCUUAAGCUUCAGUUUUUGCGCUGGCAAAUGAAUCUCCAAACCCGGAGCGGUGAUUUUCUUUCUUCUUUUUUUUUAACUUAAAGUGGGAGGGCCGGUUCUGUCUGGAUGCCAGCAUCAGCCGCUUUGAUCUUCUCCUUUUUCUGUAUUGAAAAUAAAACUAAUUCCUCCUGUUACCCAGGGCGUAUUCUUUGAAACUCGCGUGCACUUCAAUCAAGGCUGCAGCACGUUUUUUUUUCCAACAAAAAAAAAGAGAAAAGUGAGGACUGAACUUUAAAUAUGAGACACAGGAGGAGGAUUUUGAAGCUGUGCACGUCUUGUAAUUAAAAAAACACAAAUUCAGCGUCAGCUAAAAACACCUGUGAACUGAUUUCUUUGACGAGCACGAACCUCCACUGUUUGACCAGCAGAGGGCGCUGUUGUUACUGCCAGUUUGAAUGUGCAGUCAAAGGUAUUGAGGGUGACAAACUUUUGAAUGAUGGCUGUGCUUUAGAUGUGACUUGCUAAAAUUUAAAAAAAUGGUUUGCAAUCUGUGUUGAUAAAAGGCUUCAUCAAUUUUCCUUUUUGUAUUUAAAAGAAAAAUGGAGAAAAGAAAUUAAAAUAAAGUAUAAUUCUUCUCACAAGUUACACCCACGUCUUCAAAACAACAACGUAUCUGCAGAAACUAAACUGCAAUGUGAUAAAAAAUCUCAUAAAUUUAACUAUCUGAAUUCAAAAAUCUGCCAGUGUGGUUGAAAAACGUGCAGAUUUUUCUUAAAAAUCACCAAAUUUCAACUUGUCAAGCAAGAUUUUAGAGCUUUAAUGUCAUGUGAUGUGUAGUUUUAACGGGAAAACAACCAAAGCUAACCGUAAUAUUGGGAUAUUUAAUCAAAAUUACUUUAUUUUACAUGUGUGCUUUCAAAAUUUGUGACAGAAAUGCUUUUUUUUUGUGACUGAGAAGCUCUGUGACUGACUCGUGACAAAACUGAGGGACUUCUCGGCUGAACUGCAGGCUGUGUAGGUUUGAUUAAUGACGUAAAACCAAUUAGACACAUUGUAGAACAAAAUAAACUCACUUGAUCAGUAAAAUAAAUGCAGCAUGGCACGGAACAAGUUGUUGGAAGAUACAUUCAGCACGGUGAAACAGCAUGUGGAAAAUGCAGCUUAUAUAGGUUGAAUAAUACGUAAAUAUUCAACUAUCUAUAGCAUGUGGAGCCAUGUUUUUGUUUUCCAGUGUUGUCAGCCUUUGGAAUAAAGUUUUUAAGUCGAGAUUUUCAA